CUUUGCACUUCAUAGCUUUUCGAGGACACGAAAUAGUCGCUCCACGGAUGUCGAUUGCCAUUGGAAAUACACCGUCGGUCGAUUUCCACCAUCGGGUGAUUUUGUGGACAUUCGCAAUUGAACAUGACUGACUCCUGAGUGAUAGAGUAAAGCUGAUAUCAUGGCAUUUGUAUCUUUCUCAAUUUCCUCACUCUUCUCCUUAGAUACGAUAUCCUAGAUGUUUGCGAUAUGAGGGUGGCAAUGAUAUCACCUUAAAUCGCCAACACCGAAUCAUUAUCAUCACCACAACCACCAAUACCAACCUUACACAAUCAGCCUCAAUGGCGCCUGUUUUCGUUGAUCUCUCAGCUCCUAAUGGCCAUAAAUGGACACAACCUGUGGGGCUCUUUAUUAAUAACGAAUUCGUCGGGUCCAAAGAUGCAAAAACCCUUGCCGUGGUGAAUCCUGCCACUGAGGAAGAGAUAGCUCCGGCUGCUUUGGCUAGCGAGGAGGAUCUCGACAAGGCCAUUCAAGCUGCCUUUGACGCCUUUUCCAACUCUGACUGGCGUAGACUGUCCGGAACUGAUAGAGGAAAGCUCGUGUUCCGUCUGGCAGAUCUGAUGGAAAAGAAUGCUACGUCUCUUGCAACUGCCGAGUCCCUCAAUACUGGGAAAGCAUAUAGUAUCGCACUCGAAGGGGAUGUUGAGGAUGCCAUAAAGAUUGUUCGCUAUUAUGCCGGAUAUGCGGACAAGUUCUUUGGACAAGUUAUCGACACUGGCGCUAACAUGCUCGCGUAUACACUGAAAGAACCCAUCGGUAACUUCCCACUGAAUACGGCUAUUACCAAACUCGCCCCGGCGUUAUGUUGCGGCAACACUGUUAUCCUGAAGCCCUCGGGAGUUACACCUCUCUCUGUCCUCUAUCUGGCCACAUUGAUCAAAGAAGCCGGUUUUCCGCCUGGUGUUGUCAACAUUAUCAAUGGAUUAGGCCCGCCUGUUGGUGCCGCCAUGGCAACUCACAAGCAAAUAUCCAAGAUCUCAUUCACUGGAAGCACGCGCGUGGGUAAAGAGCUCAUGAAACUUGGCAGCACGGAGAUGAAGAAGCUCACCCUUGAGACCAGUGAAAAGUCUCCUUUGAUCGUGUUCGAAGACUCCAACUUGGAUUUGGCCGCUCAAUGGGCUCAUCUUGGCUUCACUUUCAAUCAAGGAGAGCUCUGCAAAGCAACAACACGCAUCUUGGUACAGAACACCAUCUUCGACCGCUUCCUCGACGCCCUCAAAGCAGUAACGCUGAAAUAUCCUGUGGGUCAGCCAUUCGAAGAGGAAACAUACCUCGGUCCCCUCGUCAGCAAAGCGCACUUUGACAGAGUACAAGAAUACAUCAAUAUUGGAAAGGAAGACGGGGCGAAAGAUAUCCUGGAGAGCUGUAUGCAAACUGUGUUCAAAAAGGGGUUCUUCGUUAGCCCAAGCAUCUUUGUCGAUGUUAAGCCGUCGAUGCGGAUUUACCGAGAGGAGAUCUUCAGUCCAUGUGCCGUGGUAGUACCGUUCAAAGACGAGGAUGGGGCAGUGAAAUUGGCUAAUGACUCCAUGUACGGCCUCGGCAGUGCACUCUUUACAGAGCAUAUCAGCAAGGCUCACAACGUCGCCCGUAGUAUUGAGGCUGGCAUGGUAUGGGUGAACAGCAGCAACGAUUCAGACUUCCGGGUGCCUUUCGGCGAUGUUAAACAAAGUGGCAUAGGUAGGGAGCUGGGCGAGGCGGGCCUAGAGGCUUACUACAACGUCAAGGCUAUUCAUGUAAACAUUGGCAAUGUACCGCCGAUGUAAGCUGUUAAUAAAGGAGUCCGU